AUGUCGAAAAUAUUUACUAUUGUUCUUCUAAUUUUUACUAUUAGUACUAAUAUCUAUUAUCCUAUUUAUCGACGGUUACUCGAUGAAGAUGAUAAACGAAUAUGGUCUAUUGCAUUGUAUACAUCGAAUUUACGAUUAUUCAAUUAUAUUAUUCAUACAUUUCACUUUUUGGCUCCAUUUGUCAUUAAUCUUAUAUCAGCUAUUGUUCUCAUAACAAAAAGAUCGCGCCAGAAGUCAAAUGUUCAUGCUAGUCAAACUUUCAUAGAAACUUUUAAAAAAAUUAAAGAGAAUAGCCAUUUAUUAACUGCACCUGUUGUAGUAGUGAUUCUUGGAAUACCACGUUUAAUUAUUGUAUUUUUAUCAAAAUGUAUGAGAUCAACAAGUGAUGCAUGGCUAUUUCUUAUUAUAUAUUUUAUUUAUUCCAUCUAUGUUGACGUUUUCUAUAUUUAUACUACCAUCAAAAUUUUAUAA